GAACAGCGACGUCGAGGUCGUUGACAUUGAGCUCCAUUCCAUCCAACCUCGGAACGUGCAUGGCGAUUGUGAUACUAACGCAGCGAAUCCUGAGUUGUCGCAGAAACUAUAUGAACAAGGGGAAUUAUCACUAGGGCAAGCAACGAACGAGAUAGUGGAAGUGAGUCGGAGCCAGGAGGCAACUCCUACAGCAGAACCCACUCGAGUCGUAGAGUCACUCAAGGAGCCUGUGAACCGAUGGCGCCUUCUGUCCUCUUGCCUUCUCCAGAUUAUCAAUGGCAUGCAAGACUCGGCUUUGGGAGCUCUCAUCCCAUUCAUCGAGUCCUUCUACGGAAUCGGCUACGCCAUUGUUUCCCUUCUCUUCUUAACCUCAGCUGUCGGCUUCCUCCUAGCCGCCUUCACGUCGGAUGCCAUAUUCCAGUCCGUGGGUAGAGCUAGGACGCUCAUGCUCGCGACUGCGGUAACGUCUGUCGGGUACAUUAUCUGGUUGGUUGCGCCCGAAAGGACGCCGUACGGUUUCCUCGUCGUUGCGCCAUUCUUUACUGGUGCAGGCGCUUCCUGGAACCUCGCACAGAUCAACGUCUUCGUGAGCUCGCUGGAUAAGCCGACGUUAUACAACGGAUGGCUGCACGGCUCCUAUGGAAUUGGAGGUAUUGCAGGCCCUCUGGUGGCCACUUCACUGGCCUCACAGGGCAUACCUUGGCAGUACUUCUACUUCCUGCCGCUGGGAAUAACAGUGUUCAAUUGCUUCUUCUCUGGCUACAUCUUUCUACCUACCGAGCGGGAGAAACAAACGCUCCUGGAGCAAGAGCGUCGACAGCAGCUCUGGCGGCAGCGCGCACAGUCCGAACAGGAAACCUCCUCACAGUCCUCCGACCAACCGCUCACCCGCACGCAGGUGCUCAUCGAGACCCUCCGAAACAAACCCACUAUCCUCACCUCUCUCUUCAUUCUCUCGUACCAAGGCGCGGAAGUGUCUUUGGGAGGAUGGAUUGUCUCGUUUCUCAUUAGUGCGCGGGGCGGGGACCCUUCGAAUGUGGGUUACGUAGCGUCAGGCUUCUGGGGCGGCGUCACGCUCGGACGGUUCCUGCUCAGCGGGCUCUGCGGCAAGUUUGGUGAGAGGAGGGCUGUGGUAGUUCUGCUCGCCGGGUGCGCCGGCAUGGAGAUACUUGUAUGGCUGGUGCCGAACGUGAUUGGAAGCGCCGUCAGUGUCGCACUCGUAGGAUUUUUGCUAGGUCCUGUUGUACCCUGCACCAUGGGGAUCAUCACUCGCAUGCUUUCGAGGAAGCUGCACGUUUCAUCGCUGUCUUUCAUCAUGGCGUUCGGAUCCUCUGGUGGAGCUCUGUGGCCGUUCUCGGUAGGGCUCAUAUCUCAGUUCAAAGGUCCCUUCGUCGUACAUCCGGUGGCCAUCGGAAGCUUUGUCCUCAUGGAGGUCCUUUGGUUACUGUUGCCAAAGGUCCCCAAGAGAGUCAUAUGA